AUGGAUUCCAGCCUUCUUGAAAAAUCCAAUAAAUUAAUCGAGCCUCUCCAACAUGAACUGAGUGAGGAGGAAAAUCUGCAUUGAUGCUUUUUCCGUCAUUUUUGACGAAAAAUAUUAUAAUAUUAAAAAAAUAAAAAAUGUAUAAAACAGCAAAGUGAGUUAUGAAAAACAUAAAGUUCAUUUUUACCAAAAGACAGGUGGAAAAAAACCUAAAAAUUAUAUGCAUUCAGUAGUAAAUGAAACUAAGCAGAGAGAUUGCAGGGGACAUUAAAUAUAGCAAUAUUUUUUUUGUCUUGUAACUAAAUUUAAAUAAGUUAUCUCUAAUAAAUGAGCAAAUAGUAUAGUGCAUGUGAUAUAUAAUUUUUAUAAGAAAAAGAUAAAAGCGUGAAAUUAGAGCAUACGAAAUAAAUUUAUGAAUAACUAUUUAUCAAUACACAAAAUGCAUGUAUAAAAUUUUAAAAAAUUUUGCAUUUUAAAAAAUUGGCAUAAAAAACUUCCAGGAUUUGUGAUCGGGCAAAAAUAGGCUGAAAAAUCCAAAUAAAAAAAGUGCAAAAAACUAAAAAUUAUAUGAUAUGCACAACACUCUUUGUGCAUUCAUUUAGAGAUAUCUUAUUUAAAUUUAGUUAGAAGACAACAAGAGUAUUGCUAUUUAAUGACCCUGCUAUCUCUCUGCUUAAUAUCAUUUGCUACUGAAGAUAUAUAUGCUUUAUGCUUUUAUACACCUGUAUUUGUGCAAAAAUGAACAUUAUGUUUUUUACAACCUCUUUUUGUAGUUUUUUACUUUUUUGUGUCUUUUUUAAUACUAAAAAAAUUUUUUGUCACUUUUUACUGAAAAAAAAGACAAAAAGUAUCAAUGCAGUUUUCUAUCUUCCCGCACGAACUCCUUGACUUAAUUAACGGCAAUAGAGAAUGGGAACACCUUGGUGAGGACAAUGGUGUUGAAUCAGAUCGCAUUAUGACUGAAUCUGGGAUCCAGCUAAUAAAAGCUAUUGGACUCAUCAACAGACAACCUCAACAGAUCGUUGAUGUCAUUUGCGACUACCAGCACAAAUCUGAAUGGGAUGAUAUGUGUGUGGAAAGCCUUAUGGUCCAAGAGUUCGAUCCAAAUUAUAGAGUCCUUUAUCAACGCUUUUGGGCACCAUGGCCAAUCAGCCAUAGAGAUUUCGUUUUUGCCUCAAAAGUUUCAAAUGUUGGUGAAGAUAUUAUUAUUACCGCGAAAAGUGUAGAAACUGAUUUGGUUCCUGAAAAAAGUGGAGUUGUCAGAGGAAGUAUUAACACCUCAGGAUUUUAUCUCCAAAAAUUGGGCGAAAAUUUAACAAGAGUUACUUAUUUGGUUUCUGUGGAUCCUAAAGGAAGCUUGCCAUUGUGGGUUGUUAAUCAACUUGGGAAAAAGCAAUGCCAAGUACCGUAUAAGCUGAAAGUAAGGCUGGGAGAUGCUUAA